AUGGAUUGGGUUCCAGGAAUGAAAGAUAUCCGAUUGAGAGAUUUUCCAAGUUUCAUCAGAACCACAGACCCAGAUGACAUUAUGCUCAACUUCCUCCUCAAUGAAGCUGGUGCCAUUACCAAAGCUUCCGCUAUCAUUUUGAACACCUUCGAUGCCUUGGAACAUGAUGUUCUACAAGCUCUUUCGACCAUGCAAAUACCUCAGAUAUUAACCCUGGGUCCAUUACAGUUGAUGGUAAUUAGUCAAAUUCAGGACGAAAAGCUUAAAUCCAUUGACUCAAACCUUUGGAAAGAGGAACCAUCUUGCAUUGAAUGGCUGAACAACCAAAAACCCAACUCAGUAGUGUACGUGAACUUUGGAAGUAUCACUGUAAUAACACCUCAACAACUCACUGAGUUUGCAUGGGGCCUAUCUAAUAGUAAGAAAUCUUUCUUGUGGAUCAUAAGACCUGAUAUUGUCGCCGUUGACUCGGCCAUGUUGCCACUGGAGUUUGUGACGGAGACUAAAGAGAGAGGCAUGCUGGCAAGCUGGUGUCCACAGGAACAAGUCCUGAAUCACUCGGCUAUUGGAGGGUUCUUAACGCACAGUGGGUGGAAUUCCACCAUUGAAAGUGUUUGUGGUGGUGUUCCAAUGAUUUGUUGGCCAUUUUUUGCUGAGCAACAAACAAAUUGUAGAUACAGUUGUACUGAAUGGGGAAUGGGCAUGGAGAUUGAUAGUGAUGUGAAGAGAAAUGAAGUGGAGAUGCUUGUAAGGGAGUUGAUGGACGGAGAGAAGGGUAAGGAGAUGAAGAAGAAAGCAAUGGAGUGGAAGAAGAAAGCAGAAGAGGCCAGUGGACCUGGUGGGUCCUCUCACACAAACUUUGGUAAACUAAUCAGUGAGGUGCUCUUAGCAAAGCAACUUUGUUGA